AUGAACACCCAAGUCCACACCACCCUCUCCACGCUCGAAUCGGCCCUGCACACCCUCCUCACCACGCUGACGACCUCACCGACCGCCUCCGGCGCCCCGGCCGCCGCCCUCUCCCUCCUCGCCGCCGACGACGCCCUCACCUCCACGAUCGACGAGCUGCGCGUGCACCAGCGCAACUACGCGCGUCUGCUGGGGCUGCGCGCGGAGGCGCAGGCCCUCGAGGCGAAGGUCCGGGGGAUCGUGCGCGAGGUCGUGGAGUACGAGGGGGUGGUGCGGGGGGUCUGUGGGGAUUCUUCGGAUUCCGAGAGUGAUUCGGACGACGAGGAGGAUGAUACGGACUUGGAUUCUGAGGGGGACGGGGACGGGGACGGGGACGGGGACGGGGAUACAGAGAUGCAGGGCACGGAGGGCUCAGGGGCUGCGAAGAAGAAGAAGAAGAAGAAGAAGACGACGACGAAGCUGCGCGGCGUGAAGGAGGUGGAUUACAAGCUGCUUCUGGACUUUGCGCGGCGCAUCAGCAAGUACAAUCACCAGGCGGCGGCGGAUGCGGCUGCUGGGGUCGAGGAGCGGGUUGCGGCGCGGAGGGGGUCGGUCAAGGAUGCGGAGAUGGCGGGGACUGGGGCGGGAGCUGGGGCUGGUGCUGGCGGCGCGAAUGGAGCCGGGGAUGCUACUGCUACUGCUACUGCUACUGCUGAUGCUGAGCCGGUGGCCGAGGUGACCAAGGGGGCGACCUCGUGGCUGGACGAGAGCGCGCAGCUGGCGCGGCAGGUGUAUAUGUUGCCGUAUCCGAUGGAGGAUCGCAUCCGCAUGGGCCUGAUGGGUCAGAUCCAGCUGGCGGCGGCGGAGGGCCGGCCGGGUUUCCAGGUUGAGGCGGAGGUGGAGCGCAUGAUCCGCGAGGCGGAGGGCUUGGGUGUUGCGGCGCCGGUGGCUGCCGCGCCGGGGCCGGAGGUCGCGGAGCAGGCCAGGCAUGCGGAUGAGGCGGCCAGGGCGGCGGCGGCGGCCGGGGCGGGCUCGUCCGCUGCUGCUUCUGCGGGCACGACUACUGCUAGGCCGGCGGCGGCGCCGCUGCCGGCGAAGCCCAAGGCUACGUUGGAUUUGGAUCUGUAUGAUCCGGAUGAGGAUGAUGAGUGAUCUUGUGUACGCUACGGUACGGUGGCAGCUGGUCUGUCUUGAUGAUUUAUGCGAAAAUGUAUCGUAUCUAAUAUUGGGCGAGGUCCUUCGCCGUUCAGUUUCCUUCCUGUGAUUCCCCAGUAGUCCCGUUACUGGAAUGUUUUGCUACAAGUCCCGUCCGCUUGCCUUAUACAGAUGCCGCCGCUUUUGCAAGGGUAAUAUAUAAC